CGGGCGUGCGCGCUUGGCGGCGGGCCGGCUCCUCGGCGCCGCAUCAUGUGGGCCGGCCCCUUCCAUGGAGCCGGGGCCGCUGCCGAGCGUCUCCUGGGCGGACGCCGCCAUGAGGCUCUGAGGGGCGGCUGCGCGCGGGGGAGCGAGCCGGCCGCGCGGCGCAGCGCCCCGAGCCUCGCGCCGCCUCGCCGCGGGCGGGGGAGCCCAGCGCUGCGGGCGGCGCCGCCGCUGCCGCCGCCGCGGGUCCGGCCGGGCGGGCGGCCCGGGGCCAUGUAAAGCGGCAGCGGCGUGGGGGAGCCGAGCCGCCGCCGCCGGCCGCGAGGCCCCGCGGGGGGAACAUGGCGACGUCUAAUCUCCUAAAGAAUAAAGGUUCACUUCAGUUUGAAGACAAAUGGGAUUUCAUGCGCCCUAUUGUCCUGAAACUGCUACGUCAGGAGUCUGUCACAAAACAGCAAUGGUUUGAUCUGUUUUCAGAUGUACAUGCAGUUUGCUUGUGGGAUGAUAAAGGUCCAGCAAAGAUCCAUCAGGCUCUGAAAGAAGACAUCCUUGAUUUUAUUAAGCAAGCACAAGCAAGAGUGCUGAGUCAUCAAGAUGAUACAGCUUUGCUAAAAGCAUAUAUAGUGGAGUGGCGCAAGUUCUUCACGCAGUGUGAUAUUUUGCCUAAGCCAUUUUGUCAAUUAGAGAUUACUUUAAUGGGCAAGCAGGGCAGCAACAAGAAAUCUAAUGUAGAAGACAGUAUUGUUCGAAAGCUCAUGCUAGAUACAUGGAAUGAAUCCAUAUUUUCAAAUAUAAAAAAUAGACUUCAGGACAGUGCAAUGAAGUUAGUUCAUGCUGAAAGACUAGGAGAAGCUUUCGACUCUCAACUUGUUAUUGGAGUUCGAGAAUCAUAUGUUAACCUUUGUUCUAAUCCUGAAGAUAAACUUCAAAUUUAUCGGGAUAACUUUGAAAAGGCAUAUUUGGAUUCAACAGAGAGAUUUUAUAGAACACAAGCUCCUUCUUAUUUACAACAAAAUGGUGUACAGAAUUAUAUGAAAUAUGCAGAUGCUAAACUAAAAGAAGAGGAGAAAAGAGCACUACGUUAUUUAGAAACAAGGCGUGAAUGUAACUCUGUAGAAGCACUAAUGGAGUGCUGCGUCAAUGCCCUGGUGACAUCUUUUAAAGAGACUAUUUUAGCUGAAUGCCAAGGCAUGAUCAAACGAAAUGAAACAGAAAAAUUGCAUUUAAUGUUUUCAUUGAUGGAUAAAGUUCCGAAUGGAAUAGAGCCCAUGUUGAAAGACUUGGAAGAACAUAUUGUUAGUGCUGGACUUGCAGAUAUGGUAGCAGCUGCUGAAACUAUUACUACUGAUUCUGAGAAAUAUGUAGAGCAAUUGCUUACAUUAUUUAAUCGAUUUAGCAAGUUGGUUAAAGAAGCUUUCCAAGAUGAUCCAAGAUUUCUAACUGCAAGAGAUAAGGCAUACAAAGCAGUUGUGAAUGAUGCUACAAUAUUUAAACUUGAAUUGCCUCUGAAGCAAAAGGGUGUUGGAUUGAAAACACAGCCUGAAUCCAAAUGCCCUGAGCUUCUUGCUAAUUACUGUGAUAUGUUGCUAAGAAAAACACCACUAAGCAAAAAACUAACCUCUGAAGAAAUUGAAGCAAAGCUUAAAGAAGUGCUUUUGGUACUUAAAUAUGUACAGAAUAAAGACGUUUUCAUGCGGUAUCACAAAGCUCACUUAACAAGACGCCUGAUAUUAGAUAUAUCAGCUGAUAGCGAAAUUGAGGAGAACAUGGUGGAAUGGCUCAGAGAAGUAGGCAUGCCAGCAGACUAUGUAAAUAAGUUGGCUAGAAUGUUCCAGGAUAUUAAAGUAUCUGAAGACUUGAACCAGGCCUUCAAAGAAAUGCACAAAAACAAUAAACUUGCUCUACCAGCUGACUCUGUGAAUAUUAAAAUUUUAAACGCUGGUGCCUGGUCUCGAAGUUCUGAAAAAGUGUUUGUCUCACUGCCCACGGAAUUAGAAGAUCUCAUCCCAGAAGUUGAGGAGUUUUAUAAAAAGAAUCACAGUGGUAGAAAGUUGCACUGGCAUCACCUCAUGUCUAACGGAAUUAUAACUUUUAAGAAUGAGGUUGGCCAGUAUGACUUGGAGGUAACAACAUUUCAGCUAGCUGUGCUGUUCGCAUGGAACCAAAGACCCAGAGAGAAGAUCAGCUUUGAAAAUCUUAAACUGGCAACUGAACUCCCUGACGCAGAACUUAGGAGGACUUUAUGGUCUCUUGUAGCAUUUCCAAAGCUGAAACGUCAGGUUUUAUUGUAUGAACCUCAAGUCAAUUCACCCAAAGACUUUACAGAAGGAACCCUCUUCUCGGUGAACCAGGAGUUCAGUUUAAUAAAAAAUGCUAAAGUUCAGAAAAGGGGCAAGAUAAAUUUGAUUGGUCGAUUGCAACUUACGACGGAGAGGAUGCGAGAAGAGGAGAAUGAAGGAAUAGUCCAGCUAAGAAUAUUGCGAACCCAGGAGGCUAUCAUCCAAAUAAUGAAAAUGAGGAAGAAAAUUACUAAUGCCCAGCUUCAGACUGAACUGGUAGAAAUAUUGAAAAACAUGUUCUUGCCACAAAAGAAAAUGAUAAAAGAGCAAAUUGAAUGGCUUAUAGAGCACAAAUAUAUCAGAAGAGAUGAGUCGGAUAUCAACACCUUCAUAUAUAUGGCAUAAUUUGAGGACUCUGUAAGAUGCUGAGAACACAAAUGGAAGGGUGCUUGAACAGAUAGCUGCAACAGUUUAUGCUGCAGAAGGACUUGCUUUGACUUUCGUUACAUAUUAAAAUCCCUGCCUUACCUUAAAGAGGACUAUAUUUUGCCAAUCUCAUUCAGCUAGCAUGAUGGCAUUCCCUUCAUGUUGCACACUUUUAACAGCAUGCUGUUUUGUGGGAAACUUGCAUUCAUGAAGAGCCCAUUGUGAACUUUUUAAAGUAGAUUUGAUUUACACCCACCAGGAAGAAUACAGGUUUGGGUUUUUAGAUGACCAGUACUUGCACAAGGAAAAAAAUACUCAAAUAUUCAUGCACUGAGGAACUGCUAUUAGUUUUGUUUUGUUUUUGUUUUUUUAAAAUGCGAUUAGGACUAGAAGUAGCACUUUCACUUUGUGUUUUGGAUCAACAGAGUAAUGUACUGUCCUCCUUUGAUCCUUUUUACGUAAUAACAUUUGAGAGACACAUACACAUGCCUCACAACUGAUAUGUAUUUGUUACAGUUAAAACCUGUUGGCUAGAGCAGUGCUUCAAUCUAGUAACUGGAUUUUAAUAAUUGACACACAAGUGACAUGAAAGUAAUUCCAACUUGUGGGUGAUAUUUUUCCUUAAGCAGGAGAUCAUUGUUUUUAUAUUGUUUGCUAUAAACAAAUGGAUAUACAUUAUUUGUUAUCUUAUUUGGACAGAUGAUUUGCUACAAUCUUUUUGAAGAGAUGAAGCAUUCUUGAAUGAUACUUCACUCUAAAAACAGUUUUCAUGGGUGGGUCUGUUAUAGCGAACAGAAAUAUUAAGUGUAUUUCGUUGUACAUUUAAUAUUUGUAUUCCAAAUAGUUAAGUAUGACUACAUAAAUCUGAAUGCAUUAAAGAGUAAUUGAUGCACAACUCUCCCAGAAAGAAAGUAAUACUUGAAGAUUUCUGUAUUAAUUCCUCAUAGGUAAUUUAUAUAUACCUGUAAGGUUAAUCAAAUUUGACUGUUUUGUUGCCAGAAAGUCAACAUCUUUAUAUGAAAAAACAAACCCUCUACUUUUUUUUUCUUUUUUUUUGAAACUGGCAGGAGGUGGGAAAUACAGCUGUGAGAAAAUGGUAAAAGUUAAGGGGAAAUGUACCUUGUUUAGUGUAUGCAGAGAGAGUGCCAAAUACACAUCAGGAAUUUCAACAUUUUUAAUGUUACCUCUUCUUUUUUCAAUCAUCUUAAGUAGUCUUUUGGCAAUGUCUGACUCUCUGCUACUCUGAAAUGUCCCAGCGUGUACUGGACUGAUAACAUGAAUCACUGGAGCAGAGUGCCUGUCUUGGGACAAAAGGUAAGUUGAGCUUUACUCAGUUCUGUAUGAAUACUCAAUAAAUGUCACAGGCAACUGUGCAAUUUUUUUUUAAUUUACCAGUUCAAGUACAACAACUAAAGGUCUCAUCCCUUUUGAUGAUUGAAAGGGGGGAGAGGAUGCAAUUAACUUUGCUCAAAAAGUAAAACCUCUCAGUAAAUAAAAGGAAGAGUUUUAUUUUCACAUGGUUGCUGUAAAGUGUAAAAUGAGUAGUUUGAAAGCAGACACACUACAAGGAUGGUUGUUUGUCCCCUUAAACAGGCUGCAUGCUCUAUUACUAAUGUAAGUGCCAGUGUGAUUGCCUGAGAACAAUACGUACCUACAGGAAUGAGGGUUUCAUGAACAAGAGAUGGAGAGAAAUUGAGACCAGACAAAUUAAAAUUAAUUGAGAUCCCACAGCUUAUCUUAUAUGCUUUUGUUGACACUCAAAAGUGGAUGCUGUUUAAAAAUACUGCAUCUUUUAUGUUAGCCCUAUGGUGUUGCUAUUCAGAAUCAAAAGCUCUGUCUAGUUAACCAGUAAAAGCUAUUUGAAUAUUAUAAAUUAGAAGACAAAAUUCUAAUAAAAACUUUGUACUACAAGAUUUUCAGUAUUUGUAACUUACAUUAUAAAUAAUAAACGCUCACUUGGGAUAACUGGGGGAAAAUUGAGAGUCCAAAACUCUAAAGAGUGUCUGAGCACCCUCUUUUGAGCAUAAGAGUUUCUAUCCCUUAAUCAGAGAAUAACAGAUCUGAAAUUGUCACAUACAAGUGACCGAAAAGGUGGGAGUACUCACUUCAAAGCCAUUGAUUUAAUUUAAGAGAGAAGUUUAAGAGAUUGUAUCUCAGAUACGACUGUUUUAGAAGUCUGUGUGUAUGCAGACAGCAAUAGAUUGCUAAAAGCUAAAUAGCUGCAUUUUCCCUUCAAUUAAUAUAUAUAAAAACAUAACCUAAAUGUUAUCUAUAUACAUCUCAGUACAUGGGAUGCAGAAAUAUAAAGGGUAAUGUGCCUAUAACAUGGUCAUUUUUCUUUAAACAUAUACUGGAAAUGGAUGUGGGUAGCUGGGGUUUUGUUUCUUGGGGUUUUUUUUGUUUGUUUAAUUAAAUCUGAGAAUCACACCAGCAAAUUUGUUAAAGAUGCAGAAACACAUUUAGCAUCCUUCAUCAGGUCACUUUCACCAAUAUGCACUUAAAACCAGUAUCAUCUGGGGCACAGGGAGAUACCUGGGGUAAACUGUUCUUUGGGGGAGGGUAGAGUUCAGAUCUAAAUAAAAAUGAACUAUUCUUCAAUUGCAAUAUGGCAACAACGCACUUUUAAAGCUGCAAUUUUUAGCUAUGAAUAUAUAUGUCCAAAGACCUAGCUUAAAGAGGUGCUGCAUCUGAAAAACAUGUUGCCACACACACUGCCACGGUGAAUAACUAUGGAGUAAAAUGUAUUGUAGAAGAGGUGGGAAAAUCACUCUUAAUGGGUUUAAUUAAGAAAUACUGUUAAAUCUUUCUCUGUCCCAACAACCUGAUGAGGAUCUCGGUUUCAAUUCUGAAGUCUUCCAUUUUCCUCUUUCCACAGUUGGUGUCCCUAGCUUCUAUUUUUACUCAUCUAUCUUUCAUUUGUUACGACUGUAAUGCAAUUGCAUUUCCAAAACAAAAAUGUGACUUUCUUGUUUUCACCUUUUUAAACUUAAUAUAAAUGUUUUGAAUGUUCACGUUACAUUUAUUUGCAUUGGGAUGCCAUUGUCCUGUAAAGUGCAAAUUUUAAAAACACAAUUGGCAAAAGAUUUGAUAGUUUUACAGAAAGAUUUGCUAUCUUAAACUCAAACUGUUUUCUAUUUUCAUCUAAAUGACUGGGAUGCUAUCUUUGUAAUUCUUUGAGGUCAUAUUUGUGAAAUAAACAAUACAUGAAAGCUUUCCUGUCAUAUACACUAUAUGUAGUCUGGAGUGUUGAGCAAACUUGAGUUCCUGAGUUGUAAUAUCUAUCUACGUAUGGUAUUUACAAUUUUGAAUGUGUGCCACUACCAAGAUAAUAAUGCUGUACAAUUUUGAAUGGUGGUAGUUUCUGUAUGGCAGUCCAGCUGAACUAUUUUGAUGUACUGCUUAAUUUUUGAAUUUUAUUUUUUAAGUUGUAUAAUUUAUUUUCUUGCAAAAUAAAAAUGUAAUAUAAAAGACUA